CGUUUUUUCAUGUCAUCUCCAAAGCUUUCUCUGUUCACAUUUUCUGCUCAAGCAUUUCUUCAAACACUUUCAUACCCCUCUGACAAUUCUUUCCGUAGACUAAUAAUCCUUCCACAUACUGUAUUUAAUUUAUUUCAUGGAAAUCAGCUCGUUCCCAUUUCUUAGUCAGGAAGAUUUUUCACACUUGUACGCCUUGCUCCCCGAAAUAGAGGAUUUCAAUAUGAAUAAUAACAAUAACUCCAACAACAAGAAGCGUCGUAGAAAGGAUGAUGAUGAUGAGGAAGAGAACGAAUUCGAUAACGAGGGAUUGAAGAAGAACGCUUGGAGGGAAAUACUCACUUCUCUGAUAAUGUUGGAUGAGGAGGAGAAACAGGAACACGAGCAAUGGGCCGCUGAGUCCCAGCAGGAUUGGGCCUUCAUUCAGUCCAAAAACAAGCGGGAAAAUCAAGCCAUGAAUGACUACCACAGCAAUCUCAAUCAACAUUAUACCGAAUUGGACAAUUUGGAUCACUCCACGACCAAGCGAGCUCGCCGCUCGGCUUCGGUUGCUGCUGCGGCAGCCGCGACGGCGACGGCGACGGCGAGUUUGGCUUCAGCUCAUGGGGCGACCGAUAACUCCGCGCAGUCGGGUUCGAGUUCCGGGCAAGCGGGUCAGCACCGCCGGCUCUGGGUCAAGGACCGGUCCAAGGAUUGGUGGGAUCAGUAUAACCACCCCGAUGUACCAGAGGAGGACUUCCGGCGAGCCUUUCGGAUGAGCAAAGCCACGUUCAAUAUGAUCUGCGAAGAGCUCGAUUCGGCCGUCAUCAAGAAGAACACGAUGCUUCGCGAAGCGAUUCCGGUUCGCCAGCGCGUCGCGGUUUGCAUAUGGAGGUUGGCUACUGGGGAGCCUCUUCGCCUCGUGUCGAAGCGAUUUGGGUUGGGAAUCUCCACGUGUCAUAAACUGGUUCUCGAGGUUUGCUCGGCAAUUAGGACGGUUUUAAUGCCCAAGUUUCUUCAGUGGCCGGAGGAGAACAAUAUGCAGACGAUUAAGGAAGAGUUCAAAGCCAUUUCCGGGAUUCCAAACGUUGGUGGCUCUAUGUACACGACCCAUGUUCCAAUUAUAGCUCCGAAGAUCAGCGUGGCCGCGUAUUUCAAUAAGAGGCACACAGAGAGGAACCAGAAAACCUCCUACUCUAUAACUGUUCAAGGGGUUGUUGAUCCUAGAGGGGUUUUCACUGAUGUUUGCAUUGGUUGGCCUGGUUCAAUGCCUGAUGACCAGGUUUUGGAGAAGUCUGCUCUGUAUCAGAGAGCUAAUAGGGGGCUUUUGAGGGAUGUUUGGAUUGUUGGGAAUUCUGGGUACCCUCUGAUGGAUUGGCUUUUGGUUCCUUAUACACAUCAGAAUCUGACUUGGACUCAGCACGCUUUCAAUGAGAAAAUUGGAGACGUCCAAAGGGUCGCUAAGGCAGCUUUUACAAGAUUGAAAGGAAGGUGGUCUUGUUUGCAGAAGAGGACGGAGGUUAAACUCCAGGACUUGCCGGUGGUUCUUGGGGCCUGUUGUGUUUUGCAUAAUAUUUGCGAGAUGAGGAAUGAAGAAAUGGAUCCCGAGCUGAAUUUCGAGCUUUUCGAUGAUGAGAUGGUCCCUGAGAAUAGUCUGAGAUCUGUUGGUGCACUACAGGCUAGAGAUCACAUUGCUCAUAACUUGCUGCACCAUGGCCUUGGUGGCACUGCUUUUCUAUAGUGAUUCUAGCACUAAAAUUAGAUUUUGUUUUCCUUUCCGUAUUUUAAUUUUUGUAAUUCUUUAUUGGCUAUAGCUUUACUGUAGUCAUACUAUCUAAUAAGAUGGAAAUUUUUAUA